CCAUUCAGAUGUUGCUUCAUCACUUUACAACAUAGGCAAUGUGUAUGAUGACAUGGGAGAUAAGACUAAAGCACUGGAGUAUCAUCAAGAGAGUCUUACAAUGACAAGACUCAUCCACCAGGACAGUCCCCAUUCAGAUGUUGCUUCAUCACUUAACAACAUAGGCAUUGUGUAUAAUGACAUGGGAGAUAAGACUAAAGCACUAGAGUAUUAUCAAGAGAGUCUUACAAUGAAAAGACUCAUCCACCAGGACAGUCCCCAUCCAGAUGUUGCUAGAUCACUUAACAACAUAGGCAAUGUGUACAAUGCCAUGGGAGAUAAGACUAAAGCACUACAGCAUCAUCAAGAGAGUCUUACAAUGGAGAGACUCAUCCACCAGGACAGUCCCCAUUCAGAUGUUGCUUCAUCACUUUACAACAUAGGCAAUGUGUAUAAUGCCAUGGGGGAUAAGACUAAAGCACUGGAGUAUCACCAAGAGAGUCUUACAAUGAGAAGACUCGUCCACAAGGACAGUCCCCAUUCAGAUGUUGCUAGAUCACUUAACAACAUAGGCUGUGUGUAUGAUGACAUGGGAGAUAAGACUAAAGCACUGGAGUAUCACCGAGAGAGUCUUAUAAUGCAAAGACUCAUCCACCAGGACAGUCCUCAUUCAGAUGUUGCUGCAUCACUUAACAACAUGGGCAGUGUGUAUGAUGACAUGGGAGAUAAGACUAAAGCACUGCAGUAUCAUCAAGAGAGUCUUACAAUGAGAAGACUAAUCUACCAGGACAGUCCCCAUCCAGAUGUUGCUGGAUCACUUUACAACAUAGGCAAUGUGUAUGAUGACAUGGGAGAUAAGACUAAAGCACUGGAAUACCACCAUGAAAGUCUAGAAAUGUACAGAGAGAUCCACAACAAUGAACCUCACCCAGAUAUUACCAAUUCAUUGAAAGUGAUAGGUAUUAUACACCAAAGCAUGGGGUUGUACACUGAAGCCGUGUCUUAUUUCAAAGAAAUUUUUGACCUGGCUUAUCAAUAUGGAGGGAAUUUUCAUCCUGAUUAUGCAAGAGCAUUUGAACUGAUUGAUGAGGGUCAAGAAUUAGAAUCUGUAUUUUCCAUGUUGUUAUAUAGAGCAAACUCAGACUUAUACUUGGACAUUUCAACUGAUUGAUGAUCUCAAAGUUAACAUUGGGAAAAUGUGAAGAAUUGAACAUUUUUGCUUAAUGUUGAUCUUGCUAUUCAAUCUUAUCAAAAUUGGAACAUUAAACAGCUAGUUGUUAGUUUAUUGUAGAAAGUGACCCACACCAACCUGUACAAUUAACAACAGAUAUAUGAUUUUUUAUCCUAAUAAGUGUAUUUUAAAUACAGAAAAAAUUACAGAAAGACAGAAAUUACAGGCAUUUGAUCAGAAACCCCAUACGGCUGUAUGAAUAUGAUAAUGCAAACCAAGCUCUGUUAUUAUGAAGGCAUAGCAAACCAAUACUCCCUUGAAGGUACUUGAACUACAUUGAGCCUAUGAUGAGGAUUAAGCACAUUAUGACCUGUUAGACUAUACUGAAUACAGAUACAUAAUAUGACAGACCAGAGACAUAAAACAAAAUGUUUUAUAUGUCUCUGGACAGACCGAUGAGACAAGAAGACAGUCAAACUAUAAGAUGACAUAUAACAAACAAGAUUUAUUUGAGAAAAAUGUAUAAACUGAAAAUUGAUAAUAAUGAGUAAUAACACUGUGUUCCAUGGAUAACAAAAAUAUAAAUUCAACUCUGUGAAAUCCAUGGACUAUGGGACAUUAUGUAUAUAUCCACAUAUUUCCAAAAUGUUUUGUGCCUCAUUUUCUUAUUAGAUAAGACUGUCUCAAAUCACUUGCCAUGUCAUGCAUGGCUCUAUGUUUUGAUUUGAACAUGUAUAUGUACAAAUUUACGUAUGGCUUUCCAAGACUGUUUUGAGAAAAAAUACAAUGUGGCUUUGCUAAGACAAGAUAAUUAAUAACCAGCAUGGUGUGACAUAAGCUUUUAGAGGCUUGCAGGAACGUAGGCAAUCUGGAAUAGCUGACUGUUUAAUCACAUGCAGCAAAAUGACAAGGCAACUGGUCUAUAAUCAAAUUUUGAUCAAUAGGUCUUUAAACCUUAUAACACACCCUGCUCAUAAUGAUUGUGGUAUAAACAGCAUGUUAACCAAACUGAACAUAAAACAAA